AUGAUUAUCAGGAGGAUUCGAGUAAUCGGUCAAACAGGCAUUACAAACUACAGUGAUCUAGUAGUUUUUCUUAUCCAGUGCAUUCUUCCCUCAAAAAUGAGAAAGAAGAAAAUUAGUGGUUGGUGUGAGUUUAUUGGGUAUAUAGGAAGUAUUAGUUUGAAAUUUAGGAAUUUGAGGAGGAUUGGUGAAGAUGAGGCGAGUUUGACAGCGAGCAUUGAAAUUGCGGUGGCCAGAGGUAUUGGGUGUGGAGAGGAAGAGGAAAAGUUGAGGAAAUUGGGAGAGAAGAAGACGAUGAAGAGGCUUUCUACUGUGCAAGAUUUAGCCGAUGGUUUAAUGGCUUUGGCCGAUAUUCGAGACGGAAAGGGAUGGCUUUCGGAACAUAAAAUAAGUAUUUUCACGUGUUUUUUAUAG